CCUGCUGGCCUGAUGAGCCCUACAAAGAGCCACUUAUACCUGCCUCUGGGCACAUGUGGUCAUGCAGGGCCAUAUCCGAGCGUGUAUGUCUGGACCCUCACGGAGAGUGCACCUUAGCCUCGCACCCUUCUUGAACCUUUCUGGGAAACAGUCAUGCUUCACUCAAACCUCUGUUUUCACACACAAAAAGAGCAAGCAGGACAUGCACAGCUUUAUGCGUCUGAGAUGGUGUGGAAAAUAGAUAAAGGUACCCGAAGCAUAUACUGUGGUUCUGCACCCAGUGAACCCUUAAAAGUUUUGCUAACUUAGUGAUUAUUCUCAUUUCAGAUGAUAGAUGCUUAUACAUUCUGAAACGAAGAAUACACAUAAAGUCUCCAACCAGAAAACAUUAACUGAGCAUUUACUAGGUGCUUCCUCUACAGUGCUAAGCUCGAAAGGAUCCAAGGAAGCCUCUACGUAUUGUCUUUGUUCUAAGUAGAGAUACUUUGCAAGAUUCUUAAAUGUUUUAAAUCAUUGUUUUUUCCUGCCGGGAAAAGAGCAGAGUCAUUCUUAUCACUUAGGUGCCAGUUUGCUCAUUCUACAGAUGAGGAAACUGAGUGGUCAGGGUAAAUAUGUGACAAAGCCAUCCACCAUCGAGUGGCAGCACCAUCGUUUUAAUUGAUUUUUUUUUUAAAUUUUGAGACUCUUCACCCUUCAGACAAAACCUUUUUGCCUCACAAGGAAUAAUGCAGUAUAGAAUGGAACCAUGAAUAUCUUCCAUUUUCUCUCCUCUUCUACUCACAAAAAGAUUUACUCCAUAGAGGAAGAUGAAAAGUUAACACCUAGCUUGGAAAUUAUCUUACCUCGUGAUUUGGCAGAUGGAUUUGUGAAUAAUAAGCGGGAAAGUUACAAAUUCAAAUUUCAAAGGAUUUUUGAUCAGGAUGUAAACCAAGAGAUCAUUUUUGAAAACAUUGCCAAACCAGUUGCUGAGAGUGUCCUGGCAGGUUACAAUGGUACCAUCUUUGCAUAUGGGCAGACUGGCAGCGGUAAGACAUUCACCAUUACAGGAGGGGCAGAGCGCUACAGUGACAGAGGCAUUAUCCCAAGGACACUGUCAUACAUUUUUGAGCAAUUACAAAAGGACAGCAGCAAAAUAUAUACAACGCACAUUUCCUAUUUGGAAAUCUACAAUGAAUGCGGUUAUGAUCUAUUGGAUCCAAGACAUGAAGCCUCCAGUUUGGAAGAUUUGCCAAAAGUGACAAUAUUGGAGGACCCUGAUCAGAACAUUCAUCUGAAAAACUUGUCCCUUCACCAGGCAACCACAGAGGAAGAAGCUCUGAACCUGCUUUUUUUAGGAGACACUAACAGAAUGAUUGCAGAGACUCCCAUGAACCAAGCUUCAACACGCUCCCACUGCAUUUUUACUAUUCACUUAACAAGCAAGGAACCAGGAUGUGCAACUGUCCGACAUGCGAAACUUCAUUUGGUUGACCUGGCUGGUUCAGAAAGAGUUGCAAAGACUGGAGUAGGGGGUCUACUGCUGACAGAGGCCAAGUAUAUCAACUUGUCACUACAUUAUUUAGAACAGGUUAUUAUUGCCCUUUCAGAAAAACACCGUUCACACAUCCCCUACAGGAACUCCAUGAUGACCAGCGUCCUGAGAGACAGUCUGGGAGGGAACUGCAUGACGACCAUGAUUGCAACACUCUCUUUAGAGAAAAGGAAUAUUGACGAAUCUAUAUCUACCUGCAGAUUUGCACAACGAGUGGCACUCAUAAAAAAUGAGGCUGUUCUUAAUGAAGAAAUUGACCCCAGAUUGAUGAUUACCCGCCUACAAAAGGAAAUCCAGGAACUGAAGGAUGAACUGGCCAUGGUCACUGGGGAGCUGAGGACAGAGGCACUCACAGAGGCAGAGCUGCUUCAGCUGGAAGAACUAAUAACAACCUUUUUGGAAGACCAGGAUCCAGAGAGUAGAUUAGAGGUUGGAGCUGAUAUGCGAAAAAUUCAUCACUGUUUCCAUUAUUUAAAGAAGCUACUGAAUGACAAGAAGAUCCACGUAAAGAGCCCAGUCUGCUCUGAAAUCAAAACUCAAAACUGCCAAGAACCAUUAAAAGAGGAAGAAUAUAAAAAGCUACGAGAUAUUCUACAGCAGAGAGAUAACGAAAUCAAUAUUCUGGUCAAUAUGUUAAAGAAGGAAAAGAAGAAAACUCAGGAUGCACUCCACUUAUCUAGUAUGGACAGAAGUGAAUGUAGACAUUCACAGAGCUCACCUUUCCCACCUGGGAACCCAGAAGGUCCGAGAAUUUUGCUUCCAUCACCUCCCACACAAUCCCAGGAUGGCCCCUUCGCAUACAGAUCCAGUCUACUCAACAGAAAAACAGGGGUGAAAGAGGAAAUGUCAUUAGGACGCCAGGAGGCUUUUGAAAUCUUCAAGCAGGACCACGCUGACAGCGUUACCGUCGAAGACAACAAACAGAUUCUGAAACAGAGAUUUUCUGAAGCAAAGGCUCUGGGAGAAAGUAUCAACCAAGCAAGGAACAAAAUUGGUCGCCUGAAGGAAGAGAUCACACAGCGGCACAUGCAGCAAGUAGCUCUAGGCAUCUCAGAAAACAUAGCUGUGACUUCCAAGCCCGACCUGCUGGAAGAGAAGCUGCGAUCUCAACUGGAGGAAGAAAAGAGAAGGUACAAAAGCAUGUUCAAGCACCUGAAGGCCCUGAAGGUGGAGAUCGAGCACUUGCAGCUGCUCAUGGACAAGACCAAGGUGAAGCUGCAGAAAGAGUUUGAAGCCUGGUGGGUGGAGGAGGCCAGCAACCUGCAGGUAAACCCUCCCACAGCGACUUCACUGGAACCCAUGAAGCCCUUCCCACCAAUGCCUGAAUCCCCGCCCAGAGAGCCCCAGUUUCUCUCUAACAGAAGUGAUGGAAAUGCCAGGAAAACCCUGCCCUCGCCUCUUCCCAUCCUGCACAGCCAGGAGCAGGGCAGCGCCAACACCUCCCUGGAGGACAGCCCUGAGAGACCAGCGUCAUCCAUCCCUCUCACGGGGGACAGACAGACAGACAACGACAUUCUGGCAUUCAUCAAGGCCAGACAGAACAUUCUACAGAGGAAAUGUUUGGGAAACAAUUGAAUUUGCAGUUAGCAUCCAGCAUUCCUGGUGGCCUAAGACUGGAGUACAGAUGCAGGCACCUCCUCUCGCUGGCCCUGCCUGCUGCAAUGAUCGGUGGACUGCUGGGAGCAACUGGUGACUUGAUUCCAAUGGAGGGCUCGCCAUUCCUUAUGGGUGGUAUUCUGGAGGCUGCCAGGGAGGCUGAGGCUGGGCUGGUGGUGCCAUCCUUGCUGUAGCUCUGUUGACAGGAUCCAGCAUCAGGCAAUGCCAAGGGCAAGACAAGGGCUUCUGCUCACUCUUGGAGUAGUGUUUCUCAUACACAAUUAUAAACCAUCAUGAAAUGAAACCGUAAUAAAGUAGAGGAAGGGAGACUCUCACUGGUGGAAUGCAGGGGCAGGGAUAAUGGGCUAUUUCUUAGCUCUGUACCAGCUUGCUCCCCUGCCCCAUCCCCUAGUGUCGAAGCCUAGGAAUAACUGGGCAGGCCAGCAGGUCAGAGCCACAGCAAGGCAGUGAAACACAGGGCAUCUUGAUGGCCAGCCCCCAGACCACACCGCCCAUAUCACCCUGACGGCCCACAGGCAGCACGUGAACCAGCGGUAUCUCCAGGACACACACACCCUGCAGGGUCUAAGGACACUUCAGCACCCAGAGAGCAGUGGAUGGCUUCCAGGAGUUUGCAGAGAGCAUGAGAGGAGCAUUGUGAAUUCCUUGGGCCUCCCAACCUUACCCAGUCACUUGGGAUGCUACAGGAUUGAGCUGAAACACCCCAAACCCACGGGGGGAGUAGCUGCCCAGGGUCUUGUCUUGGAGAACCUCCCGCACCCCAGAUGCCAGCUCCCUAAUACAGAUCCUGUGGAAGGUGGGCCAGCCCCAGAGACCUGCCACCUGUAUGCGGGCAUGGCGGCAGGGUGCCAAGUCAGCUGCACUGCGAGAGUCGGGGCACGGGAGAGCAGCACCUGGAAAUGAAGCAAUGGAAUAAAAGUGCUUGUCCACUACUUUUUUAUCUGUCUAUAAAUGCAAGAUCUUGCCACCCUGGCAAGAGAGCAGAGAGGAACUACAAUAUAACUGGCUCUUCACCCCCAUCUCCACCCACCUCCAUUUGAGGUCUAGGUCAAAGAUCAUGUGCCAGAGAAGAUAAGGUCCUUACAUUUCAAAGCUGACAUGUCCACAGACCACCUCUAACCCAUACCCCGUCUUUAUCAUUAGAAAACUGACACAAAGAUAAAGCCCUGGCUUGUUGAUAUACUUCUAGUUAGUGGCAAAUGUCCCCACCUUAAGGGUCUUUUCCUGACCAGCCCAUCUAGCUAAGCCAGUACUCUAUUUUAAUUUUCUUCAUCACUACUUGACAAAUCAGCUUUCUUUUUAUCUGCUUGCUUUUUUGUGGCCUGCAACCCCCUCACAAGACUAAAAGCUCCAUGACAUCACUGUGCCCCCAGCACAAGUCGGUACUAGACAGUCCUUCAAUUACCAAGCAACAGAGGCAGAAUGCAGCUCUCCUGGUGUCUCCCUGAGGCUUCUCUCUGGCUCCGUGUCUGAGCCCAUGGGGCAGUGUGGCGUUUCUGGUCCACUUCUGGCCCUCACAGUUCUAUGGCAUGUAGUAAGUCCUCAAUAAAAUCUGUAGAACUAGGGGAAGGCCACACAGAGCCCUUACAGCCUGAUUCUAGGGGCCUCCCCCAGCAUCAAUGGGGCUCACAUGCAAAUGUACACACACUGUCGGGAGUCCCGAGAUAGCACAGAGUUUGCAGAGUCCCUCAAAAAAAACAUCCAUGUUGCUGGCAUGCCUUCUGUGCCCUGGCCCUCCAGAGCUGGUUAAUCUAUUGAUGUUAGAUCUCCCACUGAGAAGUUACCUCCUGGAUCCAAGGCCUUAUUGAUGUGUAUGCAGGGUGUGAACUGGCCUCCUGGAGCAUUACAAGGCAGAAGUGGAAACAGAGAGAACAAAAGUAGCUGGUGAAUCUUGAGACACUGGUGUCCUGCUGAGGGGAUCAUAGGGAAAGUAUGAGCAGCAACCGGGAAGGGAGCCAUCAGCUCUGAAGUGCCCUCUGAAAGUCCCCUAUGGAAGCUGGGCCUUUAAUGUGGACACCUGCUUAAAGGCAGUGCAUGGUACCCAAAGUUCAUUGGCCUCUGUGAAUGGGAGAAAUGAAUGGAAAGUUCUGAAGAGACUCCAGCAGUGCAGCUGGGCUCCCUAGAGCCAUGGAAAUCAAGAAUACUUGUGUGCACUGCAGGCCUAAAUAUGGAGCUUGCCAAAAUGCCUUCAGGAAAGCAGUCUGGCCAGUGCCUGCAGCCCAGUUCUUAACUAGGGUUCCACUGGCUCUGCUACUCCCUUGGUAGGCAUGUGACUUGCUGGGAUCUUGCAAAAAGAAGUGGGGGAGUGAGAAUUUAGAAUGCAGACAGAGAAACUGUGGUAGAUUAGAUAACUAGCCUUAAUCCUUCACCCCUGUAAUAGAAUUAUCCAUCCAAAGCUUUGCCAUGAUCUCAUGGGGACUUACUUUCCUACGCCUUCAAUUUGGGCUUUGUCCUGUGACUUGCUUUGGCCCAUGGGAGGUCAGCAGAUGUUAUGUAAGCAGAGACUUGAAAAGUACUUGCUUAGUUAACUUGCCCAUUGCACUCCAGCCAUCAACCCCAGGUAGCUGCUGCUUCUUCAGCCUGCAUCCCAAAACAUAGAAAGAACAGACCUAAGCCGAACCUGCAUCAUGGAACCAAGCCUUUCAGCCCAGUCUGGGUCAGCUGACCCCUGAGAAUAAAUGCUGUGGUUGUAAGCCACUGAGACUUAGGGUAGUUUGUUAUGCACCAUUAAUUGUAGCAAUAGCCAUCUGAGAGAGAAACUGAAACACAGCAUAUGACCAGAUCCAGAUUAUCUCAAAAUUCAUUCUGCCUCUUCCUGCUGCUUGUUGAAAGGCACUUGAGAGUAGGUGGCAUGUGAAAGACUAAGGCCAUGACAGCACCAUGGGCCCUGGUUUACCCUCCAGCUUUAGAUAACUGGAGACUAGGCAAAAGGUGGUUGCUUUCAGAUAUUGGAUAAAACAGUAACAGGACACUGAUCCUAAGAGAAGAGAAACAAAUGGGGUGAGCCCUAGGAUUGCCCAACUUACUGCCUGCAAAAUGUUCGAGCUGCAGUUCUGGAAGGGGGAACCCAGGGUGCCUAGCAGUUUCCUUGAGUUGAGGAAUUGGAGCAGGGAGUUCAAGGAGGUUAAGGUGGCUUAGAUUUGCAAGGCAGAGUAGUGCCAGAAAUG